AUGGCCUCACCAGAGGUCUCAAACCGCCGCGCGCGCCCGCAGAGCACGCCGCAGGCUUUGCCGCAGGGCCAGGCCGAGUCGGGACACGUAUCUCUCGACACGCGCACCGCUAACGCGCCUGAGCCGGCUGGCCGCGGAAGGUACUCCAGCCUCCCGGCCCUGGCCAUCAAAACACUGCAGCAGGAGUUGGAAAACGUGGAAACAGUCGGCAGCUGGCUCGAAGAGGUCUUUGCAGCCAAGCUCGAAAGUUUACAGGCCCCGGAGGACGCCGCGCUUAGGAGAAUUGUUCUUGAACUUGACGACGUGAUCAGCGGCUGGUUCCUCAGUCGCACCCUCCCUGAAAAAGAGCGUUCGCGCUCCCCGUCGCGUUCGCCGACCAGUUCCAGCGAAAGGCGCAGCAUUUUAAUUACGAGGACGGGCACGGCGUCGUCGGCCUCUAAAGGCAGAGGCACGCCCACUAACAAAUCGGUCACAUGGGCCGAGCGAGCCGCCACGCCACCAGCGGCGGCCCCAACGCAAAUUUUAACCCCGGCCACGCGCUCGUACCCGAUACGUACGACGCCCGGCAAUGCACCUGACAGCUCCGCAACUCCCUCCCAAUCGGGCCGGGACCGCUCCCAAGCCCCGAAACGUUUGACAGAACAGCCGUCCAACCGCAUCCUGAUCCGCGUAAAUGACAAAUUGCGGAUGGUGACGAGGGAGCCAUACGCGGUAACGACCAAACUGGCCGAAUUGGUCUCGGUGCCACACAGUGAAAUCCCAAACGCCAAGCGUACCCCCACGGGCUGGGGUGUUACGGUGGCCUCUGAGGAAACACGGCAAAAACUCCUCAACCCCAGCGCGGUCAAGGCCAUUAUGGACGCAUUGGACGCGCGGGAAGUCACUGUCCCGACAACCUGGCACACAUACGCCGUUUCUGGAGUGCCCCGAACGCUCAAUUGCCUGGACGGAAGAAAGGACGUACAUGAGGUAAUCCAGGAGGAGAUUACCGUGGCAGCAGGCCAGCAGCCAGUCAACUGGCAUAUUUCCAAACAUGGUUACGACCCACAUACGGCUGAGGGCACGUGGAUAGUGUCCUUCCUUCAACCCGUAAAGCCCUUUCAGCUUUUUGGAGUGUCGAAACGUGCGCGGAAGGUUGAAAAAUCACGCAAAAUUACACACCACCACGACGGUUGCCAGGGAUAUUGCGAAAUACGUCGCUGCGUACGGCAAGCGCGUUGCGGCAUAUGUGGUGAAGCAAAACAUGCGACAGAGGAAGAGCCGUGCAAGGCAGCCCCCAAAUGCGUUAAUUGCCACGGCCAUUUCCCAUCCGGACAUGAGAAUUGCCCUGCCCGACCUUUGGUGGUAAAUGGGAAGUUUGAACGACCUUCACAGCGUAAACUUAAGGGGAUUCGCAGAAUCGGACGUGCCAACCGUGCCGCGAUUAUCAACGACCGGGCCGAAACGGCCCGCCGAGAGCCAGCACCUGCAAUCCCGGUCCUAAGCACCUCAUCGCAGCAUUCGCAAACCUCGAGCUCCCGAUCGAGCAUUUCAAACAAAAGAGCGCGGCCAUGCGAGGCGGCAGGGGCGGACAUCCGUAACUUCCUGCAGGUUGAACAGGAACGCGUGCACGACGAAAUCGUUUGGGCAGCCGAAAUGGAGGAGGACGCAGCGGCUGCCGAACCUUGCCCCGCUGAUGGGAUAGACUUGGAAGCAAGCCGUCGAUUAAUAUGACGAAAAACUCGCUCGGCAACAUGCAGCGGGAACGCCUCGACGUAGUUUGGGCCAACGUAGGCAAAAGGAUAAGUGUGCAUCUGAGCCUGUUGGAGUUAUGCCACCAGAGAGAAGUGGACCUGGUUAACGUCCAAGAGCCAUGGUGCGGGCUAAAGACGACUACACAAACGCACCCGGGCUAUGAUGUUUUUGCGCCAGUGGACGAAUGGCACGCCAACACUUACGAAGCCAUGACUGGGCUCCGGCCCCGGGUGCUCACCUACGUCAAGAAGGGGGCAGCCCUAGGGGCCGCACAACGACGGUUACCGCAGGGCCGUCGGCUUCACCAUCGCAUCCUCGCAGCGUUUUUGCGCUUGUGGAACGGAUUUACCUGCUAAUUGAGGCACAAGCAGGAGGCAGGCGGAAGACAGAGGCUGCUAUCAAUGAACCGGGCGCCCCCAGCGUUGAGAACAAACAAUUGCCAGCAGCAGCGAGUGGUUGGGAAGCGAUGAUGCAAGGGGUGUGGGUGAGCCCCUGACAAUUAGUCAGUGGGCGUCUUACAGAGCAGUGGUCCUAGCGCCCUGCCAGGCCAGUAGCCCAAGGAGGCGGAUGAGGAGGCAUUGGAAGGGCCCACAUACUGAUAAGACUAUCAGCACGUGCAUUUGGAUGGCUGGCAGCAACCGUGAUUUCGAUUUUACCUCGGUUGCGUCCGACGGUCCUUCCAUCUCAGCAUCCAAUCCGCCAUGGCAUAUAGACCCAGGCGAGAGAUUAUUCAAGAUAAUCCUAUUGGAAAGGUUCCGCGUCUCGUUCAAUUCGAUCCGCGAAGAUAAAAAGGUCCACGGAAUACGGACGCAGGACAAUUUGACAAGGGAUAGCAAAUGCUCCGUUAAACGUGCUCCUCAAUUGACACGCAAGAACUCCGGGAAGUCAUUCGCGGCUUUCUGAGAACGGCGCAAAACCUUACCGCUGGCAAUUUCACGCAACCGAAAACGGGUGGACAAAUAACGAAACGGCUAUCGAAUGGUUAAAAAAAGUGUUUAUUCCGUAUACCCAACCUUUAACCCCUGAAAAGCGGUUAUUAGUCUUGGAUGGCCAUGGAUCACAUAUAACGGACGAAUUUAUGCUUUUUUGCUUGCAAAACAAUAUUCAACUCCUAUAUUUACCCCCUUAUUCGUCACACGUUCUUCAACCAUUGGAUUUAUCGGUUUUUGGGCCGUUAAAAGAAGCUUAUCGACGUC